CCGUCACGUGAUUACCCAACUACUUCCUUCAUGAUCUCCUUGAUCCAAGUGUGUGUUUUAUCAUUCUGACCGACGUGUACGGUCUCGUUCAACAUUUUCUUUCCGAAGUGUGUUCGCUAAACGACAUUGAGCAGUGGUUCUUCGGUUACCGUGACGACCGCCGCCGGGACAAUGUCGAUGUUCAGCACGGGCGUCCUCGUGCUGACGUCCCCCCUCCACGUGCUCCCCCUGCGCAUCGCUCCGGUACUCACCUCGGCCGCCCAGCUCGUGGAGCGCACCCUCUACGUCCACCUCCACCCGGGGCUCAACCUGGGCGGCGGCGGCCAACCCCGACCCGUCUUCAUCCCGCCCGCCGUGGACCUCUCCACCCUCAUCACCCGCCUCUACAGCAACGCCGCCGACGUCUGCGCUCACUUGGACGUCCGCGUUUUGCUCACCAAUGUCCACACCCCUCCAGCUGCUAGUGGCGGGGGUGGCCCCUUCCCCACACCGCAGUACCUCACCCAUUCCCCGGAGGUGCUGCUCACGGACUUCCCUCUGCAGGACCCGGCUCAGUCCCACCAGGUGACCCAGUGUCUGCAGAAGUACACGGGACACUGCUACGUGUGCAGCCCUGCGCUUCCGUCAGUGCUGCUCCACCCGCAGAUAGUGAAGCUGCAGGGGGAGCAGGAGGCGGGGCUUAAAGAGCCUGAAGAAAAGGUAAAACCGUUGGAGACGUACACUGACGUGGUGGUCGGCGGCACCUUUGACCGCCUCCACGGAGCCCAUAAGACCCUCCUCAACAUGUCAUGCUUGCUCGCCACCAGACGCUUCCUCAUUGGUGUGUGUGACCAAGGAAUGCUGAAAAAAAAGGUGCUAAAGGAGCUCAUCCAGCCGUACUCGAUAAGAGUCCAAAAACUACACGAGUUCCUGCGGGACGUCAAGCCCUCGCUGCAGGUGGAGAUCGUGCCUCUCGACGACCCGCUCGGGGUGUCGGUGGUGGACCCCCUGCUGCAGUGCAUUGUGGUCAGCGAGGAGACGCGAAGGGGCGGGGAAGCUGUCAACAGGAAACGUAUCGAGAACGGUCUUCCAGCUCUGGUUCUUCAUGAGAUCCAGUUGCUAAAGGAUGCGCAUCACUCCGAGACCGAGGAGGAAAAGAUCAGCUCUUCCAGCCUGCGCACCCGUCUGCUGGGAACCCUCCUCGCCUCACCUAAAGCCAAGCCUCAUCUCCCUAUCCAUCCCUAUGUAAUCGGACUGACGGGCGGGAGCGGCAGCGGGAAAACCUCCGUCGCCAAACAGCUGGAAGCCUUUGGCGCCGUGCGGGUCGACUGCGACAAACUGGGCCAUCAAGUGUACGAGGCCGGUACUGGAGCCUACCAAAAAGUUCUGGAAGAGUUCGGAUCAGAUGUUCUGAAUGACGAUGAGACCAUCAACAGGCGAGCAUUAGGGAGGAAGGUGUUUGGAAAGCAGGAGAGGUUAAAAGCACUCACAGACAUUGUGUGGCCUGAGAUCGCGCGUCUCGUCAAGGACGCAAUCAGCCAAGCCAGAAAUGAAGGUAAAGACGUUUGUGUGGUGGAUGCAGCGGUUCUUCUGGAAGCGGGCUGGACACACAUGGUCCACGAGGUCUGGGUGACCAUCAUUCCUGAGGAGGAGGCAUUUUUAAGGAUAACUAAGCGAGAUGGCGUGACAGCGGAAGAUGCAGAGCGCCGCCUUCAGAGCCAGCGGUCCAACAGCGAACUACUCGAGCACGCCAACGUGGUCCUCAGCACGCUGUGGGAACCCGAAGUCACCCAUAAACAGGUAAUAAAAGCGUGGAAUCUUCUCCAGAAGAGAAUCCUGGAGACACGACAGUAGGAUGACGCUCAAACGGUAUAACACUUCAGUGCCUCAAAUGUUGUCUUUUUUAAAAAAAAAAUACAAUUCUUUUAUCAUGCAUAUGAAAAACAGUUGGGCUGGGAUUCUUUUUUUUGCCGUUUUAAACAAACAUUUUGUUUGUGCCUGGUUCUGCUCCAGCCUGCUUUCUUGUUCUUUUAUGGACCUUUGCCUAAAAAGGACUUUUCCCCCCCAAAGUUGGAGGCACACAAGUGUCCUAAAGUCACAAAAUGUGUCGAAUCAACACUUACCCGGCUAAUCCAACGCUGAUUACUGGGAUAUUUUGCUCACGUUUUGGAGAUCUGUGCACUUUUCAUGUGAUUGUGUAAAUAUGCAGCACCGGAGCACAGAAAAGGAACUGGGCCCACAAAGGUGAGAGCAUACGUUUGCUAACAGGUGACAAAAAGUGUUUAAAAAGUGACGAAUCAAGGAAUAAUGGCUAAUAAUUUAACACUGAAUAUUGGGAUAUUGUGUAGUCACAUCUAGAUUAGGGAUGUCCGAUAAUGGCUUUUUGCCGAUAUCCGAUAUUCCAAUAUUGUCCAACUCUUUAAUUACCGAUACCGAUAUAUGCAGUCGUGGAAUUAACACAUUAUUAUGCCUAAUUUGGACAACCAGGUAUGGUGAAGAUAAGGUACUUUUUAAAAAAAUAAUAAAAUAAGAUAACUAAAUUUAAAAACAUUUUCUUGAAUAAAAAAGAAAGUAAAACAAUAUAAAAACAGUUACAUAGAAACUAGUAAUUAAUGAAAAUUUGUAAAAUUAACUGUUAAAGGUUAGUACUAUUAGUGGACCAGCAGCACGCACAAUCAUGUGUGCUUACGGACUGUAUCCCUUGCAGACUGUAUUGAUAUAUAUUGGUAUAUAAUGUAGGAACCAGAAUAUUGAUAACAGAAAGAAAUGGGGGGAGGGAGGUUUUUUGGGUUGGUGCACUAAUUGUAAGUGUAUCUUGUGUUUUUUAUGUUGAUUUAAUAAAAAAAAAUAAAAUUAAAAAAACAAAACGAUACAGAUAAAAAAAACGAUACAGAUAAUUUCCGAUAUUACAUUUUAACGCAUUUAUUGGCCGAUAAUAUCGGCCUCCCUAAUCUAGAUAUGUGCACUUUUCAUGUGAUCGUGUAAAUAUGCAGCACCGGACCACAGAAAAGGAACUGGGCCCACAAAGUUGAGAGCAUAAGUUUGCUAAAAGUUGACAAAAAGUGUUUAAAAAUUACGAAUCAAGUAAUGUCUAAUAAUUUAACACUGAAUAUUGGGAUAUUAUGUAGUCACAUCUAGAUAUGUGCACUUUUCAUGGUCUUGAGGGAAAACUGUACAAUUUUGCAUUUUUAUGAUUUGGGGAUUUUCUAAAUAAGCUUUUUUGUUUAGGUAAUUGUAAUUGGCGUGAGAAAUUCCAAGCCAUUUAAUCCAUUGUCACGUGCAAUCUCCUGUUAUGUAUUAGUUUUGCAUGGGUCUUCAAAAAACAAAAAUAAAUGUAUCUCUCAAAUGUAGUCUUUAAUUAUGAAUGCUAAUAAAAACAUUGACAUUGAACAACAA